GUGCUUAGCAAGUCUCCUGCAGCACGAAGACUCUUGGUUACAUAAUUUAUUGCCUGCACUUGACCCUAUCUUUUCCUGCAUUCGAAUGCCUUUCGAUUCGAUUCACAUAAUGAGUGUGCAUUUUGAUCUCGGUUAUGGUACAAGACAGAAGCUAAACACACAUAACCUCGAGUGGACGGGCAAAGUAUUUCCAAAAUCACGGAACGUUACACCUGCGUUUUAAUUGCUGUGCCAGUUCUCGUUUGCCUUAACUCCCCCUACCUCUCAGUGUUACGAAACACGCGAGGCCUGAUUUAGGAUCCACUUUUAUUUUCGUGGCAAGCAGCAAGGGACUGAAGUACAGUACAUGAUUUGUUUCCCCCUUAAUUCUGCCCGUCUGCCUUCUCUCCUGACAUUGCAUCUUUAUACAAUUCCUUAGUUCAAAAAGCAGUUCACGGAUCCGAAACGGUUACAGAAUAUGGAUUUUAAGCGGCUACUGAAUUGCAUUUUAACUUGGAGGGUACGGCAUAAAAAAGUACGCCUAAUGUACGCUUUCCUGCAUCUUUUGGGCGGCAGGACAUCAAGUACUCCACCGCCCACCGUGGUACUAUGAAAGCCAAACGAUUAUGUUUCACCACGAAAACGCAUUUGAUACGCAUCUGUACAAAAGCAGCACCUACAUUUGCGCGCUCAAAUAACUCGGUUUCCUACUGUAUUGUUUUGUUUAUUUUGCAAGAGAUCCGGACAUCCUUAAUACUGUGAAUCGAAAGGGGAAAAGGAUGUGUAUGUAGACCACACGCCUUCAGCGGUUUUCAUCUGCCGGGCGAAGAGUCUGACAGCAUUUUUCUGAGACCAUUGAUAUGAGCUUUAAACUGCCGGAGAUACGCGAGAAACCGCCUGUCAAAUCCGAGUCGUCCCGUAUCGGCGCUACAAUACCUGGAUUAAUUUCGGUGUUUAAAAGCUUGACUCGGUGGCUUUUUGUAGAAGCAGAAGAAGCGUCUUAUUUUGUCAUUAAAGCGCUUUCUUGUUAUACCGCCAUGGCCGCUGCACUUAAUUUUUAGUCUCUUGAAGAUUCUAAAGAAUUAGGCAACUGACAGUCGCCUUUUCUGUCUACGCCAGAGAAUGACCCGUGUGCGCAGCGGAAAGUUAAAAUACAAAUAUAAAUACAAAACCGAAUGCGUUGUUUCUCCUUCUGUCUUAUGCCUGCAAUUUAAAAAGCCGCAUUAUUACAUCCCACAUUGAAUACUAACGGGCCAACUGGUGUGGGGCAAGACGACUGAAACUCCACAGUGAAAAAUAACGCACCUUCGCACUUUCAUGCCAGUAAAUCGUAGGAUUCGAGAGUCGAAAUCCCAUUUUAAGUAUUCUGAAACAAAACCUUCAUUUUUCGGUUAGGGGGGUUCCAAGGAAAGCAAUCUCUCGCUUUCAUUUCGUUUUUCUUUGGUGAAUGACUGCAAGUCGGUAUACCCCGCCUGCUCUUUUAUCAGUCACCACAGCGCUGAAUCACUUUUUUUUAAAUACAUACUGAAUAUGGUACAGCAGCCUGUCUUCAGUUGCGAUCGAAGAUGAUUAUUGCAUGAUUAUCAACGUCUUCCCAUUAGUGCAGCUGGACUGCAAAAGAAGGACAACAAAACAAAUCAUCAGAAAGGCUUUGCAGCUGAGAGGUAAAGGAAUCCACUCAGUGCAAUCCAGUGCAGUGCAGAAGCAGGGGCACGCAGGUGGUUUUUCUGUGGAGUAAAGACAUCUGGGGAAGAGAGCUUUGAGGGAAUCCUGAUCCACUGAACCACAUCCCACAGAAACAAGCAGGGUGCAUCUACAAUGCCCAGACGGCAUUACAGGAUGGAUCCAGAAUGAGCAUAUGUGAGAAUUCCUCGCAUUGUCAGAAAACCAAUGCAGGUUUUUUGAACCCUCUUUCACUUCAGAACAACCUCGUCUGAUCUUCUUCACGUGUCUUCAACAGACAGUCCCCUGGGGUGACAUUUCCGCGACUCUGUGAGGGCAGGGAAGAGGAACAAGGCUCUGUGUGUGUGAUCUAGCCGCUGGGUUGUAGCGGAGCGCAACUGGAUGGAUUUCUUUGCACGACGCCCCAGCCUUCACUCCCAUCAGGCCAGCUGCACUCCCAUGAUCCUCUGCUGCUGAAACUCUUUUUUUAUGUUGUGGUGAUUUCAGCCUGUGCCUUCAGAGGAUUUCAAAUUGAUGCCCAGCCCCAGAAUACGCCCAGGGUCCCCCAUCGGCAAAGCUGUGAAUGCCCUUCUGGCCCUGCCACGGUAGAGGGGUGAAGGCCGCAGGUAUGGAGGCACUGGCCCGUUCGCCGUCCUGGCUGUGUGGCGAGCUGGACCUGAGCCCGGAACCUGGGGUCCUGGUGCUGGACUGCCGCCCGCGGGAGAUGUACGAGGCUCUGCGGGUGGUGGGCGCCAUCAGCGUGGCCAUACCGUCCAUCCUGCUGAGGAGGCUGAGGCGCGGGCAGCUCACGGUGCCCUCGCUCAUCCGCUGCCCCGAGGAGAGGGAGGGCUUCGCCAGCCGCUGCGCCACUCACGCCGUGCUGCUGUACGACGAGGGCCGCGAGGCGGGUCCCAGCGGGGGCCCCACCGCCCUGGAGGAGGAGGAGGACUCAGUGAUGGCGGUCAUGCUCCACACUCUCAGGAAAGACGGCUGUCAGGUGUACUACCUGAAAGGUGGUUUUCAGAUGUUCCACAGAUUGUACCCACAGCACUGUGAGAGUGGUACCAGUGUAUCUGCCCGUUGGCUUGCCCCCCCUGCCUCAGUGCUGGGUCUCGGGGGGCUCCGCUUGGGUUCCCUGGGCUCUGAUGGGGACUCAGACCCAGACCGAGACCCGCUGAGUGGGACAGGCCCGGAAUCAGACAACCCCAGCCCCAGCUCCCAGCCUCCAUUCCCUGUGCAGAUCCUGCCUAACCUCUACCUGGGCUGCGCUAAACACUCCGCUGAUCGAGACACGCUGUCCAAACUGGGAAUCCGUUACAUCCUCAACGUCACCCCUAAUCUGCCCAACAUUUUCGAGAAGAAUGGAGAUUUCCGAUACAAGCAGAUCCCCAUUUCUGACCACUGGAGUCAGAACCUGUCGCAGUUUUUCCCAGAGGCUAUCCAGUUCAUCGACGAAGCCCUGUCCCAGAGGAGCGGGGUGCUGGUGCACUGUCUGGCUGGGGUCAGCCGCUCAGUCACGGUCACCGUGGCGUACCUCAUGCAGCGGUUGGGCCUCUCGCUGAACGACGCCUAUGACUUUGUGAAGCGCCGCAAGUCCAACAUCUCGCCCAACUUCAACUUCAUGGGUCAGCUGCUGGAUUUCGAAAAGACCCUGCGCAGCCCCUGUGACCAGCUGGCCAAUGAGGAGCAGGCCUUCUUCACCCCUCCAGCCAAUCAGCAUCAAGACCCACCCCCGUCCCCUUGAGGUGGGCAUGCCCAAACGGUUAAUGCUGAAUAUAAUAAACGCACUUGUUAAUCCAAGGCUGAGCCAUGGUUGAUAAAGGAUUGUCCAUCUGGCCAUGACAAAACUGUCCACUGGUGGCCUGAUGAUUACUCUGCAAUGCAUUGGAAUGUGAGGAUAGUGCAGUCAGAAGCGUUUGAUUGUGCAACAUAAAUCUGAUUAUAUACAGAGCCAAGACAACACACAAGCACAAAGCUUUUCUUCCGCACUCACAUAAUCCAAAUGUAAGCCAAAUGACAAUCGACUGUUACAUCUAAGAUUUCAACACAGAUUUCAACUGAAUGUACAUAAUCCUGCUACUGUCUUGAGAUUAAACAAAAGACAAAAUGAAAAGCUUUUAAUAUUAUAUAAAGGAAUUGCUUUUGUAUAGCAAUUUGUUGCUGGGCACAUCUUGCUACUGUUUUUUUUAUCUAUUUUUUACAUUACGUGGUUGGUUUUAUAUACUUGCUUAUAUGGUGAUUUUAUUUCAUUUCUCCUUGUUUGUAAUUUUGAUUUUUGUAAUUGCUUUCAACCAACUCGACUGUCAAUAAAAGCCAAUCUUAAAAUUC